AACAACAUAGUUUAUACACGAGGAGCCUGCAGAAGGUAAGAUCCACUUUCGGACUAAAGUUCGGAUUUCUCCUGAAAGAGGACAGCUCCAUGACGCAAUAUUACAAAAAGUGGAAUAUUAACACGGCUGGGGGCUGCUGACUGAAUGCACGUUUGAGGACAAACACAGAUGAAAGUUAAAGUAACUUCAGAAGAAGAAGAGGAGCCACGGCGGGUUUUCUUGCUGCUUGAUUGUCGUGUGAGCAUUUUCCAGAGCCAAUGGCGUCCAUAUCAGAGCAGGACCUGUCCUGUCCGGUCUGCCAGGACGUCUUUAAAGAGCCUGUGGUCCUGUCAUGCAGCCACAGCUUCUGUAGAGGCUGUCUGCAGAGCUGGUGGACAGGGAAACCAAUAUGGGAGUGUCCAGUGUGUAAGAGGAGGUCCUCCAGGAGUGAUCCACCUCGUAACCUGGUCUUGAAGAACCUGUGUGAGUCUUUCUUACUGGACCGAGACCAGAGACCUUCAGGGGCUCUCUGCAGUCUGCACUCGGAGAAACUCAAGCUCUUCUGUCUGGACCAUCAGCAGCCCGUGUGUCUCGUCUGCAGAGACUCGAGGAGACACGCCUUCCACCGAUUCAGACCCAUCGAUGAAGCUGCACAGGACCACCGAGAGGAGCUCCAGGAGGCCCUGAGGACCUUACAGGAGACACUCAAGCUCUGUGAACAAGUUAGAGUGAACUGUGAUCAGACAGCAGAACACAUGAAGGUCCAGGCCCGACGCACAGAGACGCAGAUUAAGGAUCAGUUUAAGAAGCUUCACCAGUUUCUAGAGGAGGAAGAGGAGGCCAGGUUGGCUGCACUGAGGGAGGAAGAGGAGCAGAAGAGUCAGAGGAUGAAGGAGAAGAUGAAGGCUCUGAACAGAGAGAUAGCAGCUCUUUCAGACACAGUCAGAGAUACAGAGGAGCAGCUGAGAGCUGAAGACGUCUCAUUCCUGAUCAACUACAAGGCUGCAGUGGGAAGAGUCCAGCAGCGCCCCCUGCUGGAGGAUCCACAGCUGCUCACAGGAGCUCUGAUAGACGAGGCCAAACACCUGGGCAACCUGGGCUUCAACAUCUGGAACAAGAUGGAGCACAUGGUCUCCUACAGUCCUGUUAUUCUGGAUCCAAACACUGCUCAUCCAGACCUGGUCCUGUCUGAAGAUCUGACCAGCCUGAGCUGUGGACAGAGACAGCAGCUUCCCGAUAACCCCGACAGGUUUGAUUAUUGGUGCUCUGUGCUGGGCUCCGAGGGCUUUGACUCAGGGACCCACAGCUGGGACGUCGACGUGGGACGCAGCAGGCUGUGGUUCCUCGGCGUGGCGAAGAAGUCUGCCCAGAGGAAAGGGAGGACCUGGUCUGGCAUGUGGAGAAUAGGAUUCUCAAAUGGUAGAUACAAAGCCUUCUCUCCGAGAGGCCAGCCGAUCGGCCUGCGAGGGAGGCGGCUCCGGAGGGUCCGGGUCAGACUGGACUGGACCAGAAGAACGCUGUCCUUCUCAGACCUCGAUACCGGCUCACACGUCUACACAUACACACCCUCUUUCAGCGAGAGGCUGUUCCCGUACUUCAGCAACAGCACUGGAUCCCUGAUGAAGAUCUUACCACAGGGGGACGAGGAAGAGGAUGAGGAAGAGGACGACUCCGAUGACUACAGCAACUACAAUGACUACAACGACUACAAUGGUUAUUAUCAUAACGGCCGUUAUGAUAAUAACCGCUUCCACAGUUAUCAGGAUUCUUAUUAUUCUGAUGAUGAUUAUUAGGCAGCUGUGUUCCACACCGUUCCCUAUCACAGAAGUACUAACUACACUAUAUAGAGCAGGGGGGUCAAACUAGGGCUGGGCGAUAUGGAGAAAACCAGAUAUCACGACAUCCUUGACCAAAUACCUCGAUAUCGAUAUUG